GAUUGGUAACACGUCACUAGUGACGUAGUACGUAAAUGCUUGUAAAAAAAACAUUUGGAUGGAAACGUUAAAAAAACGGUAAAUGAAAUACAGUGGCAGUGACUUUUCCUAAUAAUAAUUUAUUGUAUAAUAAAUAUCUACACGAUUUUAUAAUCAUUUAAUAUUUCAAAAUAUAAUUGUAAUUCUGUUUUAUAACCUACAUUCAAAGUAAAAUAUUGUUACUGUAAUUAUACAGGUAAUCGUUAAUAUUUAAGGGAAAUAAAACAGUAUUGUAUUUAAAAUUAUCAAAAGAACAAGAUACAAUGGUUUUAUAUGUACGGCAUUUUCUAUCAUUAGUUUUACAAUCGACAAAAUUUAUAACAAUUCGACAUAUGAGUACUGUCUGUAUGACUGAUACAGUAAAAUCAUUACUCUAUAAAGAAUAUGGUGAACCAGUGAAUGUAUUACAAAUCACAAAAGAAACAAUAAAUAAACCAGAUAAAUAUCAGGUUGCAGUGAAGUGGCUAUUAGCACCUGUAAAUCCAGCUGAUAUAAAUACAAUUCAAGGUAAAUAUCCAAGUAAACCUUCAUUGCCAGCCAUUCCAGGAAAUGAAGGUAUUGGAGAAAUAGUAGAUGUUGGUACUGAAGUAACAAAUUUAUGCAUUGGGGAUAGAGUUAUACCCAAUGCUUCUAAUUUGGGAACAUGGAGAACACAUGCAAUUUAUAAAUCAGAAGAUUUGUUAAAGAUUCCAAAAGAAGUUGGAAUUGUAGAAGCUAGUAUGAUGAAUGUUAAUCCAUGUACUGCAUAUAGAAUGCUUAAAGAUUUUGUAUGUUUAAAACCUGGAGAUACUGUUAUACAAAAUGGAGCUAAUUCAGCAGUAGGACAAUUGAUUAUACAAUUGUGUAAAAUAUGGAAUUAUCGAACUGUUAAUGUUAUCAGAGACAGACCAAAUUUACAAGAAUUAAAGAAUCUAUUAAUGUGUAUGGGAGCUGAUGAAGUAUUAACUGAAAAUGAAAUUCGAACGACUCAAAUUUUUAAAAAUAAAAAAUUACCUCAGCCAAAAUUAGCACUUAAUUGUGUUUGUGGUCAAAGUGCUACAGAAAUUAUGAGACAUCUUGCACAUGGAGGUACAAUGGUUACAUAUGGUGGUAUGUCUAGGGAACCUGUGACUGUUCCAGCUUCAAUUUUUAUUUUUAAAAAUAUAAGUCUACAAGGAUUUUGGAUGACUGCAUGGACUAAGGCAAAUAUGGAAUCAAAAAAACGACAAGAUAUGUAUGAUGAAUUAAUACUUUUCUUUAAGGAUAAAAAAUUACAAGCUCCACCACACAAAGUUGUAUCUUUCUCUCAAUAUCAAGAAGCUAUUACAAAUGCACUCAAUAUUGGUGGCAAAACUGGAGUAAAAUACAUUUUGGAUAUGACUAAAAAUUAGUUAUAAUGAUUUAUAGAGAAUUAUUUGUGCAUUUAACAUACUUUCAUUGAUACGAAUAUAUCAUUGAUACGAAUGUAUAUUGUAUGGAGAUAAAAAUAUUACAUCAUUGAA